UUAGACUGUCUUUGCUUCAUCAUCUGAAGGCAAAAUUUUCCAGAUACGGCAGACGGCUCCCAGAGUACAAUACACAGGGAAUGAGGACUAUUUACAUGGAAAUUUCUGCCUCAUGAUGCAGCGGAGAAGCCUCGGCCGCUGGAUUCUGCCAGAUGUUCCCGGGGUUACUGUAAAAGGGAAAAAGAGGCAGAGCUAAACAAGGUUCAUGAUUUCAAAGUGCCUGUGUGAAGUCACUUUCGCUGGAAACUGCAGCCUGAGCUCUUGUUGUGUUCAAAUUGUUCUUCCGUCAAAUGCACGUAGCCCUGACCUUACGGUGGAUGAAGAUACCUCAACUGUCUGACUUUGCCAAUUGCUCGAUUUCAGGAUUUAGAAGGGUGGAAAGAAAGAGAAAUCUUGCCAAGAUCUGAACAUCUAGGUGGCUUAUUCUCCAGCACCGUCAAUAGCUGCGCGUGUCAGAACUGAAUAUCCUCCCAAGGAGUGCCAUGAUAUUGAAGUCACUUUAUUAAAAACAGUUGUGUCUGCAGAUCGGUCGAGAGACUCGGACGUUUACCGCCAGAGAUGACACUGAGUGUGCUUCUGUUGCGGCCCACUGUCUUCAAGUGGGGCAUAUUGAUUGAUGAGUGACUGCUUGCCGAUAAAUUCUCUCCUCACUGCUUCCUGGAUUGGGCCUCCCUAAGCAAUUGAUCACUUACCUUCAGACUCACAUGUGGGGUUUUUCACAACAGUAGUCUCGGAAUCACUGGGACCUGGAUCGAUUUCAUCAUUUGACACAAACAAACAGAAUCCCAGUAGCUCGAGCAUCAUGGCUUUGAACGUGGCCCCCGUCAGAGACACAAAAUGGCUGACGUUGGAGGUCUGCAGGCAGUUCCAGAGGGGCACGUGCUCGCGCUCCGACGAGGAGUGCAAAUUUGCUCACCCCCCCAAGAGCUGCCAGGUGGAGAACGGAAGAGUGAUCGCCUGCUUUGACUCCCUGAAGGGCCGUUGUUCACGAGAAAACUGCAAGUAUCUUCAUCCUCCAACACAUUUAAAAACUCAACUAGAAAUUAAUGGGAGGAACAAUUUGAUCCAGCAAAAAACUGCUGCAGCGAUGCUUGCCCAGCAGAUGCAAUUUAUGUUUCCAGGAACCCCACUCCAUCCAGUGCCCACUUUUCCUGUAGGUCCCGCAAUAGGGACAAAUACGGCGAUUAGCUUUGCUCCUUACUUAGCACCUGUAACCCCUGGAGUUGGGUUAGUCCCAACGGAAAUUCUACCCACCACACCCGUUAUUGUACCCGGAAGUCCACCCGUCACUGUCCCGGGCUCAACUGCAACUCAGAAACUUCUCAGGACUGACAAACUGGAGGUAUGCAGGGAGUUCCAGCGAGGAAACUGUGCCCGGGGAGAGACCGACUGCCGCUUUGCACACCCCGCAGACAGCACCAUGAUCGACACAAACGACAACACCGUAACCGUUUGUAUGGAUUACAUAAAGGGGCGUUGCAUGAGGGAGAAAUGCAAAUAUUUUCACCCUCCUGCACACUUGCAGGCCAAAAUCAAAGCUGCGCAGCACCAAGCCAACCAAGCGGCGGUGGCCGCCCAGGCAGCCGCGGCCGCGGCCACAGUCAUGGCCUUUCCCCCCGGUGCUCUUCAUCCUUUACCAAAGAGACAAGCACUUGAAAAAAACAACGGUGCCAGCACGGUAUUCAAUCCCAGCGUGCUGCACUACCAGCAGGCUCUCACCAGCGCCCAGCUGCAGCAACACACGGCGUUUAUUCCAACAGUACCCAUGAUGCACAGCGCUACGUCAGCCACUGUCUCUGCAGCAACAACUCCUGCAACAAGUGUCCCCUUCGCAGCAACAGCCACAGCCAAUCAGAUAAUUCUGAAAUAAUCAGCAGAAACGGAAUGGAAUGCCAAGAAUCCGCAUUGAGAAUAACUAAACAUUGUUACUGUACAUACUAUCCUGUUUCCUCCUCAAUAGAAUUGCCACAAACUGCAUGCUAAAUAAAGAUUUAGUUCUUCUGGACAGACCACAACUGUAAGAAGCUAGUGCUGCUAUAUCAUAUAUGAGUAUUAAAUAUGGUAUGCUUAGUAUAUUCCAACCUAAGAUAGUUAACUACCUGAGACCAGCUGUGACGUUUAAAGACAUAAAGAAUAAAGUUUACUUUUCAAGGGUUUCUAAACAUAGUUUCUGUCCUAGGAAUAUUGUCUUAUCUCCAUAACUAUAGCUGAUGCAGAAAGUCCAACCAAUGUACUCAUUUCGAUUGAGAAUACUUCCAAGUUAGCAAUAAGCGAUUAGCAUUAGUUAAAAAAAAAAAAAAAAUCUAUUCCGAGGGCAGGUUCUAACGCCAAUUACUGUCAUUUCAUUUACCCGCUGGAUCAAAGAGUAUGUUUCGCUUCUUCACAACAUGAAUGCUGCAGCAAAGGUGGGAAGUGAAGUAAAACGGACGCCUGUCCCGCAGGUCUAAAAUUUGAAUGGAAGUUCAAGCACAAGUACGGGGGACACAUCAAAGUGUGGUUGUUUGGUUUGCCUGGAGAUGCCGCAUUGAAUCAUGUGAUUCUAGAAUAACAUUAACUAGAUUGAAAAAAGAAACUUUGCACGGUAUGAGCUUCAUACCCCACCAAACAAAGUCUUGAAGGUAUUAUUUUACAAGUAUAUUUUUAAAGUUGUUUUAUAAGAGAGACUUUGUAGAAGUGCCUAGAUUUUGCCAGACUUCAUCCAGCUUGACCAGAAUGAGAGGCCCAUGCCAACAGUCUAAUCAGAGGGAUUAGUUUUUCAAACUCACCAUCCAGUUGCCUGUUACAGAAUAACUUCUAAACUAAACACCUAGUCAAACAACGAAGCUGUAGGUGAGGAGAUCUGUAUAAUAUUCUAAUUUAAGUAAGUUUGAGUUUAGUCACUGAAAAUUUGACUGUGACUUUAAUCUAAAUUACUAUGUAAACAAAAAGUAGAUAGCUUCACUUUUUAAAAAAUCCAUUACUGUUUUGCAUUUCAAAAGUUGGAUUAAAGGGUUGUAACUGACUACAGCAUGGAAAAAAAAUAGUUCUUUUAAUUCUUUCACCUUAAAGCAUAUUUUAUGUCUCAAAAGUAUAAAAAACUUUAAUACAAGUACAUACAUAUUAUAUAUACACAUACAUAUAUAUACUAUAUAUGGAUGAAACAUAUUUUAAUGUUGUUUACUUUUUUAAAUACUUGGUUGAUCUUCAAGGUAAUAGCGAUACAAUUAAAUUUUGUUCAGAAAGUUUGUUUUAAAGUUUAUUUUAAGCACUAUCGUACCAAAUAUUUCAUAUUUCACAUUUUAUAUGUUGCACAUAGCCUAUACAGUACCUACAUAGUUUUUAAAUUAUUGUUUAAAAAACAAAACAGCUGUUAUAAAUGAAUAUUAUGUGUAAUUGUUUAAAACAUCCAUUUUCUUUGUGAACAUAUUAGUGAUUGAAGUAUUUUGACUUUUGAGAUUGAAUGUAAAAUAUUUUAAAUUUUGGCAUCACUGCCUGUUCUGAGAACUGGAUGCACCAACCAUAUCAUUUUCGUUUGAGCAAAAAGAAAUCCGCCAUUUUACUUAACGUUGGUCAAAGUCUAAUGACUCUCUUUCUAUUGUAGAUUUGAUAACCCCAUCAAAAGAAAAUCACAUUCUAAGUGUAAUCUUACAUAGUGCUUGUAUCGUUGCAUUUGUUUUAAUUUGUGGGAAAGUAUCGUAUCUAACUUGUAUUUCUUUGGUAGUUUCAUCUUUAUGUAUUAUCGAUAUUUGUAAUUUUCUCAACUAUAACAAUGUAGUUAUGCUACAACUUGCCUGAUACAUUCAAACUUGUUUCAUUUUUCAUUUCUUUUUUUUUCUUUGUUAUUUCACUUAAACUCAUUGAAAACAUAGUAUGCGUUACUAAAAGGUCAAUUACAGGAAUCACUGAAAUAUUUUUGUAGACUAAUUGUUGUAACAUUGUCUUUCUUUCUUUUGUUUCAUGAUUUUGAUUUUUAAAAUUAUUAGCACACAGCUAUUUUCAGCCCUUUAAUAAUGCAGCAUCAAAAACAUCACCUGUAUCCCCAAAUGAAUAUAGAAGACUGUAUUUUUACUAUGAUAUCCAUUUUCCAGAAUUGUGAUUAUAAUAUGCAAAGAGUCAUAAAUAUGCCAUUUACAAUAAGGAGGAGGCAAGGCAAAUGCAUAGAUGUACAAAUAUAUGUACAACAGAUUUUGCUUUUUAUUUAUUUAUAAUGUAAUUUUAUAGAAUAAUUCCAGGAUUUGAGAGGAUCUAAAACUAUUUUUCUGUAUAAAUAUUAUUUGCCAAAAGUUUGUUUAUAUUCAGAAGUCUGACUAUGAUGAAUAAAUCUUAAAUGCUUUGUUUAAUUACAAAAAUAAAAUCACCAAUGUCCAAGACACGAAGAUAGCAACUCAACAAAUACUGUAGUUAAGAGACGAACUCACCACUUGUAUGGGAACUACAUUUCACUCUUGGUUUUCAGGAUAUAACAGCACUUCACCGAAAUAUUCUUUCAGCCAUACCACUGGUAACAUUUCUACUAAAUCUUUCUGUACCACUUAAAGAAUUCCCUCAUUCAUUACCUUACAGUGUAAACAGGAGUCUAAUUUGUAUCAACUCUAUGUUUUGGUUGUAAUAUUCAGUUCACUCACCCAAUGUACAACCAAUGAAAUAAAAGAAGCAUUUAAAAGCA